GGUGAACCACCAAAAUUCGAAACUAUGAAGCUCAAGGGUAAACCUAAAAAAUAUUAUGAGGUUGGAGAGAAAAUAUAUUAUGAGUGUCUUCCAGGACGCAUUACUGUGUUUCCCGUCAUGGCUUAUUGUGAGCAGAAUCACUCGUGGUUCCCUCUCCAAGAAGCUUGUAUGAAAAAAGAAUGCGAUAGGCUAUCACUUCAACAUGGUGAAGUUGUUGCCCCAAAUAAAACCUUUUCGUUUGAUCACGAAGCUCACUUUUAUUGUGAUGAGGGUUAUUACUUAGUUGGGCAACAAGUUAUAGUUUGUAACCUUCGUGGAAAUGACGUGUAUUGGAGUGAUAACCCCCCACAAUGUAAAAAGAUUUACUGUCAACCGCCUGCAAAAAUAAAUAACGGAAAAUACAGCAAUAGCCACAGAACUAUAUUUGAAUAUAAUGAAUUAAUAACUUACAGUUGUAAUCCUUCACAAGGAUCAGACGAAUUUUCACUUGUUGGAGACAGCAAACUUAUUUGUGUUGGGAAUAACAAGUGGAGUAGUGACCCUCCUCAGUGUAAAGUGGUCAGAUGUGAACAUCCAGUACUUGUGAAUGGAAGACUGGUAUCAGGAGUCAGAGAAACCUAUUCCUACCAAGCAGUGGUUCUAUUUGAAUGCCUCCCAGGUUUCUAUCUUAAUGGCAGCAACCCAGUGUUCUGUGGUGGGAGAAAUACUUGGGAACCUGAGAUGCCGACAUGUAUUAAAGGUUUCAAGCCUACUCAUCCAACCAAACCUCCAGUUUCAAAGUAUCCAGGCUAUCCUGAGCCCAAUGAAUCAGCAUUAUUUGAAGAAUUGGAGGAAUUAGAUGCAGGUAUCAUUGCUGUGAUUAUUCUUACUAUCCUUGUCGGCCUUGCAGUACUUUGCACCUGCCUGUACAGAUGUCUUCAAAGAAAGAAAGGGAAAGGAAACAGUAUCUGCUGUCGGUGGAACAAAGGAACCAAAAAAAGCAAAACAGCUGUGCUAGCACCGGAUGCUGGGGUGGAACAGACCGUGACCUCGCUGAGUCCUCACAUCAAGCAGGGUCUCUUUCAAACAAACCACUGGGCAGAGAGGAGGGACAGCCGCUCACAUUCAGAUUACGGUUUUGCAAAUUUUGUUUCGCACUUUUAUAGUUAGUAGCAGAAGUUAGGCCAAAGAAACGCUGCCUUGAGAAGGACAUGAUUGGGAAUCAUGUUUUACAAGUAUUGUUUUAUGGAUAAAGCAUGUUUAUGAUGCACUGUAAGUGUCCCCUCCCUGAGGGAUCGGUGAGGUACUUUGGGAAGAUACGCUUGAGCAGAAAGAAACAGGAAUUUUGAAUUAAGUACAGAGUUGAAGUUUUACUAUACCCAUUUUCACAUACUUUUCAGGGAUGUAGCACUUGCUCAGAAACAAGAGAUGGCUGUACUGUUGAUUUUUAACAAGCCCAGUUGACUCUUUUGCAACCAAAGAUUGUUAUGCUAUUUUCCAAAAAAAUUGUUAUGUUAUUGUUACGUUGUUUUUCCAAAACAGACUUUUAUACUAGUUUCUGCUUCAAAUUUAUUUUUUUUAUUUUGUAUAUUUAUACAAAAUUGCUCUCGAUAUGUAAAUAUAAAUUUUGUUUUUCAAAUAAUGGCAAUUAUAUAUGCCAUUAUAUACAUUUAUAUAUAUGGGAUAAAAUGAAAAGUUUCUCUAAUGACGUGGAAAGCAGCAUAUGUGAAAGGUUGCUAAAACCGGAAGAAUAUUUGCAGUGAAAUGAGAAGUCCCGUGGGGGGGUGGGUCUUUAUUGUUCAUAUUUUGAAAAUGGGAUCUUCAAGUGUUGUGAAAAAUAAAAUCCAAGAUUGGGAGAAUGUUCAUUUGUGACGAUGCGUUCAUUUCCAGUGUGUUUUAGCUCAGAGCAGAGCAUGCUUGUACUUGGCCUGACUUCUCUACGCAUUCCACUGCAGCCCCUCACAUUGCAGAGCCUUGAAUGUGUCCAGGCUCCUCGCCCAGCCCGUCCUGGGCCUCUCCUGCUCAGAGGUGUUCAGUCACAGGCGCACAGCGUCAAGUGCAAGGUUUCUCGCAGGCACCCUGAAGCUUUCUACAAUUAAAUCCCAACUUCUCUUCCGAAGACUUCUCCAUUUCUUCAAAGAACCUAUUGUCCGUCGAGCGGACCGUCUGCCCCACGUGCUGGGCUGUGUUCCUGGUUCACUGUCGCCUGUAGCACUUCUAGUCCUGGCCGGGUCCUGGACAUCUUCCCCAAGGCUCAGCUCCUACUGCCCAUUCCGUGAAGCUUCUCCCGACUUGCCCAGCUCUUAGAGCCUUUGUGAUGUUACCGAACCUUGAGUUAACCGGGUGUCUAUAUGCCUGUAUCUGGUGGCAGAUAUACCUUCCACAUCACGUCAGUGCGUGGGUAUGAUUAAGUGCUUACAAACCCAAGCCCCAAUGAUGAAAGUAGAAAGCUUGAUUUGUGUAAUAACAGGGUUUGCUUUUGUUUACACAAAAAGUUUUCUUGGUCUUUUUUGCAGAUUCGAAUUAAAUCAGAUUGCUACAUGUCUGAGA